AUGGUGGUUGACGAAAUAAUUCAUAGUUCAAUGAUUGAAUUAAAAGUGCAAAAUUUAGAUAAUGAUCACGAAACUCGCCAAACCGUUUUUAACACGGAGGUCGAUGAAAUGAUGGAUGAGAAUGAGGCGACUCCUCUUCUUCGUCACUUCCAUCGUGUUAGUGCUCGUGGUAUGAAUUCCGUGACCAUAGGCAUCAUCACCGGCCUGACUCUGCUGUUCGUUACGGCGUUGGGCAUCGGGAUAUAUUUGCUGGUGGUGCAGAACCAUUCCGAGAACGUUCUGCCACCCGUUAACGUGGAGGAGCCGUACGUGUACGUGUCUCGUUCCGAAUGGGAUGCUGAUGCUAAGCCCUCCACCGAACAUUUCACGGCCCAGCAAGUGGUCUUGCUGCAAACCGACACUCGCCAAUGCUGGGAUCUCGAAGGAUGUCUCCUGCUGCUCAAGGAUAUGAAGGAAGCUCUGGGUCCGAACAAGACUAUGCCCUACAACUUCUUGGUCGCUGACGGAAUAGUUUAUGAGAACAUGGGAUUCCAUACUUCAGCUAUGUCUGAGCUAUUUGCUGUAGUGGUCGCCUUUAUAGGUAAUUUCGUCCAUGUGCCACCUACCAUUGAGCAAAUUAACACUGCGAAGAAUCUCCUGCGCGCCGCUGUGAAGGAUAAGGAUUUAGAUGAGUCCUAUACUAUCAUAGGAAAGGCAACAAAUUAUCUUCCCCGCCAUUUGUUCCGUAGCUUCGAAAAUCUACCCCAAUGGAAUCAUGAAUUGUCUGAUGAUUUGUAA